AUGUUUAACAACAACUUGGCUCAGUACGGAGGGGGAAUAUUUGUGGCGGAUGACACGGAUAGGAGUGCGUGUGGAGGAGGAGUUAUAGAAACUGGUGCUACUCAAACCAUUUUUGCUGAAUGCUUUUUUCAAACAAUUAAAUUGUAUAAUUAUGGCUACGGAUUCGCAAACCAUUUCAACACGUUCAUGACUAACAACACGGCUACCCAGUCAGGAGCAGACAUCUACGGAGGUCUGUUGGACAGGUGUACAGUAAGUCAAAAUGCUGAAUAUUACUUUUCUUUAAAUGGGUUAGACUACAUAAAUAACACCAUAGAAUUCUCCACCGAAUUAUCAAUCUCUUCUAGGCCUGUGCAAGUAAUUUUUUGUAAAUAUUCACAAAGCGACAUUGUUUUUACAAGAAAGGGACACACGUUUAAAAUCAGUGUUAUGGCUGUUGACCAAGUUGGAAAUCCAGUGAAUGCUAGAAUUCGCAGUUCUGUUGUCAGUGAGAGUGGUGUUGGUCGUCUCAAAGAAGGACAGGCAAAACAAGAAGUUGGCAAUCAGUGCACAGAAUUAGAGUACAAUGUAUUCACACAAGACAGCUCUGCUCAAGUGGAACUCUAUGCCGAGGGUCCAUGCAUCAAUUUGGGAAUUUCAAGACAAUUUAUAAAUAUUUAUUUUCUACCCUGCACAUGCCCUAUUGGGCUCAAGUUAAUUCAAUCCAAUAUUGAGUGCAAGUGUGACUGUGAUCCAGUUUUGCAACAAGAUUAUCAGAUAACAAGCUGUUCUGAGAAAAAUGAGACCAUACAGCUAGAAAGUAAUAACAACAUAUGGAUAGAAGUUAUAAAUACCACCAACAAAACAGGGUAUUUUGUUAGUGACUGUGUAUUUGACUAUUGUGUAGAAAAACCAGUCAACAUCAAUCUAAGCAACCCUGACGAACAAUGUGCCUACAAUCGAAGUGGUGUCUUGUGUGGAGAAUGUAAACCAGGACUCAGUCUUGUUUUGGGUACGUCCAACUGUAAAGAAUGCUCUAAUCUUUAUCUUCUUCUACUAAUACCAAUAGCACUGGCAGGCAUAUUGCUUGUUACUUUAAUUCUCGUGCUCAACAUCACUAUAGCAACUGGAAAUAUUCAUGGCCUCAUACUUUACACCAACAUAGUAGCUGCUAAUAGAGCAAUUUUCUUUCCUAGUUUAAACAACUUUUUAACAGUUUUUAUAUCAUGGGUGAAUCUUGACCUGGGAAUCGAGACUUGCUUUUACGAUGGAAUGAACUCUCAAGCAAACGUGCUCCUUCAACUCGUCUUUCCCACUUACUUGCUUCUUCUAAUAUUCUUUAUAAUCGUUUUGAGCAAGUACUUUGACUCAUUUGCAAAGCUCCUCUCCAACAGGAACCCAGUUGCUGCCCUAGGCACACUCAUCCUACUCUCUUAUUCCAAACUUUUACGGUUUAUUGUUGCUGCACUACAAAACAGAGUUUUGGAAUAUUCUGACGGUUCAACUGAGACUGUUUUGUUAUACAACGGCAAUGUGCAAUAUUUCACUUGUGAUCACAUCCUUCAGUUUGUUGCUGCUAUCAUAAUCCUCAUUGCUGGUGUAUUGUUUACUGUACUGCUCUUCUUUGGACAAUGGUUUCCUCGCUGUUCCAAGGUUAUGAUAUGGACCAAGAACACAUACUACAAUAGUUUUAAGGAUACAUACCAUGCUGCAUUCCCUCCCAAGCAUCGCUACUGGGUGGGACUGCUCCUCUUUGCUCUAAUUGCUCAUAAUCUAGUAGUUGCCAUGGCUCCAGACACAUCUCUCCCUCUGCUAUCAUCUGGGUGUAUUGCGUUCGGACUGAUAGCAUUGAACAACCGAGUGUAUAAAAAGCAACUUAAUGAAACAUUCUUUCUGCUUAAUCUCGGCAUUCUAUCUAUUGGCACUUUUUAUGUUGCUGAAACACACCGACAACAAGAAACGCUGACCAAUGUUUCAAUGUCUAUAGCUUUCAUCCUCUUUGUGACAAUAAUCAGCUACCAUUUCCACCACUACAUACUAAAGAAGACCAAAAUAUGGCUCAAGAUAAAAGAAGUCGCAAAGAAAUUAAAAACUGGUGCUGCAGAAAAAAGGAACGAACAAACUAACAACGUCAUUUGCAGCCAAUGAAUUCGAAGUCGAUGAUGAUAAGGAACUUAAAGCUGAGCUGUUAAUUGCGAUUUAGAUUUAGAUUUGAUAAGUAAAGAGAUAGACUUUUUAUAGAUAAAUGGUUGUGUUAUGAUUAUGUGUCCUUCGUACUGAAUAUUUGAUUCCCAAGUCAUUC